AUGAGCACGAUGGACAUGACCCCCUCUGCCACAACUCAACCUUUCUUAUCAACAUCAGACUACGCAUCCUCAAACGCCAUCAUGUCGUACUACCAGCAAGAACUCCCGUCUACAGCCCAACGCACCUAUUUCAUCUCCUACAUCCCGCAAGGCAACGGAGAACACAGUCCCAUGAAAGGCCUCGCCGAGCUCCGCGAUAGACUACAUCUCGAAAUCGCCGCGCCCUUACCAAAGGUCCUCGUGGUCCCAUUCUACGAAGAUCAUUUGCAGGGCACCGCGCCCACUCCGACCAGGUACAGCGCGCCGCAGAUGGCCUGCCGCUGGCGAUUUCCGCAGCUCGUGACGGACGGGUGGGAGUGUAGCGAUACAAAACUCAGCAGCGCGCUGGGUAAACAUGUGGUGUUGUCCGCGUCGUUUUGGUGCGCUAAAGUGCCGAUGCUGUUCGUCUCGCAGCCAAUGUUUACGAGUGCGAACCGGCGGUUUGAAGAUAAGUGUUUGGAUCAGGAGAUUGCGUGGGAUUUUCCUCCGCAGUAUAGCGGCGAAAUGAAGAUUGAGGAGUAUAUUAAUUUCAAGGUGUAUCAUCGCUGGGUGGCCUUUUUGGGGGCGCUGAGGCCGUGCGAUUUGACGAGGGAGAUGCUUUUCGUGGUGAUCACGGCGUUGAAGCAGAAUCUUGAGGAGGCGCGGUAUUUGCUUGGGCGAGGAUGGGCGAUGAGUGGUGCGAAUGUUAGAGACUGGAAGGAGUUGCUGGAUAGAUUGAUGAGGAGGGUGGACAUUAUGGCGUCUGGAGACUUUUCGAAGCAGGAGGUUGAACUAUACAAGGGAGAUGCGGCGAAGGCGGGAUGA